AUGCGUCAAGAUCUACAACAGAAGCUCUACGCCGAAUUCCCCCAGCUGCUUGCGCAUUUGCCAGGCAUAGAGACCGGCGACGGAUGGUACGAUAUUCUGUACCGUAUGUCAUGGAGGAUAUGUAAUUAUGCGGUCCUCACCUAUGGCGUGGCCGGCCUGGAGCGUGUAGCCCUGGGUUGUGUGAAGGAGAAGUUUGGUGGGCUUCGGGUGUACAUGGGUGUGCAGGAUCCUCAAAUCGAGGAUAUAGUACGUGAGGCUGUGGAUGAGUCCUGGCGUACGUGUGAGCGGUGUGGUCACGACGGCGAGCUGCGACGGGGUGCGUGGUUGGUGACUUUGUGUGACGGCUGUCAUGGGGCGCGGUAG